UAUCAUGGGAAAGGGUACCGUUCUUGCUUUAGAACAGUGGUCAUGACCUCUAAGUGCUAACUGUUCACAGAAGAAAGAGAAGUCAUUACAUGACCCGUCCCCGAGGCCUUGGGCUCUGUGGAUCCUCUAUAUGAGUCAGACAUACACCCACACACACACUUUUAUUUUUAUGGAUGGAUGUCUCCACUGUGGUCCUUGAAUAUUGUGACUGAGCAUUGAUGACUGUAUCACCUCUUGAUAUCUGCUUUGUGAACUGGAUGAAGAUUUAAGCUAUAUCAAACCCAUGCACUGGAGAUUCCCCAUCCCUGACCUACUGGCGAUAUCAAGAAAAAGAAGUUCAGAAAAAAGUGUCUCUUUUUAAUCUGCAGAUGGACAUAAGUGGGUUAAUUCCUGGUCUCGUGUCUACGUUCAUGCUUCUGUCUCAUAGUGACCACGGAGGACGAAAAUUCCCUUUGAUUUUGUCUUCUGUCGGUGCUCUUGCAAACAGUGCUUGGCUCUGUUUGCUUUCCUAUUUUGCCUUUCCAAUCCAGCUUCUGAUUGCAUCUACCUUUUUGGGUGCACUUUGUGGCAAUUACACCACACUUCUGGGAGCCUCUUUUGCCUACAUAGUUGAUCAAUGUAAAGAAAAGAAACAAAGAACAAUUCGAAUAGCUAUCAUUGACUUCCUGCUUGGAAUUGUCACUGGAUUAACAGGAUUGUCUUCUGGCUAUUUUAUUAGAGAACUAGGUUUUGUGUGGUCCUUUUUAAUCGCUACUAUGGCUCUUACUGUUAACUUGAUUUAUAUUUUAUUCUUUCUUGAGGAUUCGAUGAAAGAGCCUUCAUCUCAGAAUGUUUCUAUAUCAUGGACUGAAGGCUUUAAAAACUUAUUUAACCGAACUUACAUGCUUUUUAAAAAUAAUUCUGGUGAGCAACGAUCUCUGCUCUGUUUGUUGCUUUUUACAAUGAUCACUUAUUUUUUCGUGACGAUUGGCAUUUCCCCCAUUUUUAUCCUUUAUGAAUUGGAUUCACCACUCUGCUGGGAUGAAGUUUUAAUAGGUUAUGGGUCAGCUUUGGGAAGUGUCUCUUUUUUCAGCAGUUUCCUAGGAAUAUGGCUUUUUUCUUAUUGUAUGGAAGAUAUUCACAUGGCCUUCAUUGGAAUUUUUACCACCAUGGUAGGAAUGGCUAUGACUGCUUUUGCCAGAACAACAUUGAUGAUGUUUUUAGUCAGGCUGCCAUUCCUUUUCACUGUCGUACCACUCUCUGUUCUACGGUCCAUGAUAUCAAAAGUGGUUCGUUCUACUGAACAAGGCACCAUGUUCGCGUGUCUGGCUUUCUUAGAAACACUUGGUGGAAUCACUGCAGUUUCUACUUUCAACGGAAUUUACUCAGCCACCGUUGCUUGGUACAAAGGCUUCGUCUUUCUGCUCUCCGCUGUUUUAUUACUAAUUCCAGCCAUCAGUCUAUGUGCUGUCAAGUGCAUCAGCAGGAAUGCGGGAAGCUAUGUCCUUCUCACACAAGAAGAAUCCAGAGAAGACACUUCAGACAGAUGAUUAAUUGUGAUUAAAAAAAAAUCCAAAUGCUCGUAUCAUAUACUCUUGACUUCUGAAGGAUAUAAACUAGCUCCACAAUCAGUACUUCAUGAAUAAUCAAUGCUGCAAGUCCUUUCUUCUAAACUAAACAGAGAAAUAGUUGCUGCUCUAGCUUCUGACAGCACCAUGCACUUUGAGCACUUUAUGAAGAUCAUGUGACAUGUUCCCAGUCGAUGAAAGAACAAAUCUCAAGACACCUCCCACUUUGGGAUUUACAAAAGAAACUGAAACUUAUCGGUAUAAGAUGGGACUAAGAAAUAUGAUACAAUCAAAAGCAAUAAUCUCCCUGAUAUACUCCAGUCUCUCA